AAUGCCCGUGACGUGCGGGGCGGCACCGCGGCCAGUUUGAAUUUGUGCGGGAGGCAGAGAGGAGUAUGGCCGGUAUGGACUGUAUGGGCGAUAUGGCCAAUAUGGGCAGUAUGGCCAAUAUGGGCGAUAUGGCCGGUGUGACCGGGCGGGGGCUGCUGUGCGGGAGCGCCGCUGUGCCGCGGAAUUGCGCCGAGGAGCCGAAGCCAGCUCCCACCCAGGAGGAUGAGGACACCUGCAGCGAUUAUGGGAGCCGGGACAAGCCGGGCAGUGCCCUGAGCAGGGCGGUACCAGAUGGGAACGUGCUUUUCCCUGAUACUUUUUGCACCGAUCAUCUUUUGUUUUAUGAGCGAUUUAAAGCUUACCAGGAUUACAUUUUGGCUGACUGCAAAGCUUCUGAGGUGAAAGAAUUCACAGCUGAGUACCUGGAGAAGGUCCUAGAGCGGUCGGGAUGGCAGGCUGUUUGGCGCACUGACGUGUUUGAGGUCCUCGUUGAGGUUGUUGAUGUGGAGUUCUCAGCUCUGAAGGCAGUUGUGCAGCUCUGUGAGCCUUUCCUAUUCGAGUCACAGGUUAGCACCUUUACACUGGAAUGCAUGCAGGAACUCUUGGAGCUGAAGGAGCGUCGGAUAUCACUGCAGGAGCUGUGGGUUGUGUAUGAUGAGUCGGGGGAGUUUGAUCAGACGGCGCUAGCUGUGGAGCAUGUCAGGUUCUUCUACAAGUGCAUCUGGAGGUCCUGGGAUGAGGAGGAGGAGGAUGAUUUUGAUUACUUUGUGCGAUGUGUUGAGCCUCGACUGAGACUGCAUUAUGACAUCCUCGAGCACCGUGUGCCUUCUGGUCUUGUUGCUGAUUACCACAACUACUUGUCUGAAUGUGAAGAGCUCUACAGGAAGUUUUUAAACGUGAGGAAUAACAUAUCAAGCAGUGAUUCAGACUCCGAAAUGGAAAAUGUCUCCAUGGUGGAAGGACUAAAGUUAUAUGAGAAAAUAGAACACUUGAAACAAAAACUAAAACUAAUUGAGAAUCCUCUGCUGAGGUAUGUGUUUGGUUACCAAAAGUACAGUGGUCUCCAAGCUAAAGGGCAGAGACCAACGGGUAACAAGAUCAUUCAUGUUGUGUCCUCAACCGUGAUGGCAAGUUUCUUGCAGUCUUUGAUAAGGGACAAACUUUGCCCCGAGUCUUGUGGUGAAGAACUAGAAAUACAGUUCCACAGUGAUCCACUGGCAGCUGUCAAUGCUUGUUAUGAAGGAGACACAGUCAUCAUCUGUCCUGGUCAUUAUGUUGUAGACGGCGUGUUCUGCAUUGCUGAUUCUAUUGAAAUGGAAGGCUAUGGCCUGCCAGAUGACAUUGUGAUAGAAAAGCAAGGAAAAGGAGACAACUUUGUUGACUGUACAGGAGCCAAUAUAAAGAUCUCCAAUUUGAAGUUGGUGCAACAUGAUGCUGUGGAGGGGAUUUUAAAUGUUCAUCAAGGGAAAACAACUUUAGAGAAUUGUGUGUUACAGUGUGAAACUACAGGCAUAACUGUACGAACUUCAGCUGAACUAUUAAUGAAGAACUCAGAUCUGUAUGGUGCCAAGGGUGCUGGUGUGGAAAUAUAUCCAGGUAGUACGUGCACCUUGUUGGACAACGGCAUACACCACUGCAAGGAGGGAAUACUUAUAAAGAACUUCUUAGAUGAACAUUAUGACAUCCCCAAAAUAAGCAUGGCCAAUAAUAUGAUCCAUAAUAAUGAAGGGUAUGGUGUGGUCCUGGUAAAACCAACUGUUGCUUCUGAUGUAAAGGAUGCUUCAGCAGAAAGAACAACAGGGAAUGCACAGCCUACCCAGUCAAGUGAUGAGAGAGCACAUGUAGAGGGCUUCAGACGGGAAGAACUACCUGAGUGUGUAGCUGAUGAAUUGGAGCUUUAUAACCAUGCUGAGAUUUCUGAAGGCAAUCACGAAAUUGUAAGUGAACUUGGUGCUGCUUCUGCAAAGAAGAGUCAGAUGCACAGGAAAAGGCUGAGUGAACUGGGAAUCACAGAAGCUGAUGACAAUUUAAUGUCACAGGAGAUGUUUGUCUCUAUUGUGGGCAAUCAGUUCAAAUGGAAUGGCAAAGGAAGUUUUGGUACUUUUCUCUUCUGACAGUCCUGAUUCCUAGUGGCACUGAAAGAAGAUUUGCACAAGUUGUUCUUCUCAGUGCUGCUUUCUGAGAGGGUAACUUCGAUCAACUUUCACUUAUGUUACUAAAAUAUUUAUUAAUUUUAUAUAUAUACAUAUAUACACACAUACAGCAUGUGAAAACUUUACUUGGUUUGUACAAGCAUGGGCAACCCUGGUAGAAAACAGAACUCUGCUGAUCUAUGGACUUGCUCUUUGCUAGCUGUUGUUUUCUUUUUUUUUUUCUUUCUGGUAUAUUUAUUUAACUCCUUUAGUUCUUUUUUAACAUACAAAAAAGUUUCUACAAAGAAAAGGUUCACCAUGGAAGAAUGGACAACAGCUGCUCAGCAAUUAGUGGUACACCUUCCUCCAUAGCUUUUUUUAAAGUGCUGUUAGCCUCUACAUCCUUCCUAUAAGAGAGUGAUACACUCAGUUUGGUGUGUUACACAGAAGCUGGUGAAGUGCUCAGUUGAAUGAAACAUAGUAGGUUGGCUGCCAUGCUUUAUGCUUAAAGGAUUUUUGAGAGAAAUUAGCAUUUGGAAGGUUAUCAUCAUUCAGUCUUCUUUGGAAAUUACAAACUGGCACACCACAGCAGUUACCACAGCCGGUGCAGCUUUGACAUAAGGAGAAUGGUGGCUCACUAAAACUCUGAAUAAGGAGAAAUCAAACCAGAUGUUUGGAUGUAUUGGUGUUGUUCUACUAUACCUUUCAGCACAUUAUUCUAAAAUUCUUAAAACUCCAGUGCCUCGUGUCACAGCAGAUCUCUUGGAAAUAAAAGGAAAACUAAGAAGGAAUAAAACAAGAACUUUGCACUGAAAUCUCGUCAGCACUUGGCUAUGGAACAUUCAGUUUAAAAAAAAGAAGGCAUUUCAGUGGAUCACCAUUCAUUACAAAUUAGCUGGAGAUGAAUCUUGGCUGGAUUGCCUGCCCCAGAACUCUGCCUUCUUAGUGCUUCUCAUGUUUUUUAAAUAUAAAUCCAAAUACCUUGUUCAAGCUUAUACUGCCUUCCAGAGUUGUUUUCCCAUAUGCCAGUUCAACAUGUAAAAAAAGUACUAACUUGUAAGUGAUUCAAGAUGGUGCUGUAAAGCACAGUAUGGUGUUGAGAAGAAGGAAGGUGCUGGGAAAAGAAUUUCAGAGUAACUUCCGCAAGUAACUUAGCAAGUAUGUACCUUCCCUGGCACCAUGAUGUGUUGCUGAAGGUCGAGGUGGGUUGUCUACUCCAGGUUUUUCACUUCUGAAAUUGCAGUGGGGAACAAAAUUCUCUUGAGUCUAUGACUUGUUUUAGUGUGAGCAACUGAUAGAAAGGAAAAGAAAAAGUGUAACUUGAAAGCAUUUUUUUCCUUUUUUUUUUUUUGUUUUUGAAGGCAUGAACCACAGCAUUAGUUGCAGCUUUACAACCCCCCUGCUGUUUUUGUUCUGCUCAGUGCUCUUGACUUCAGGACUAUGCUUCUGAGUUUUAUUGAGCCCAAAUGCCAUUAGAACAUCUUAUCAUGCACAAGACAAUAAAUACUUGUGGUUUAGUGGCUAUAAGAAAAUACUUGACUCAAGUGAAAACCCACUACUUGGAUUGCUACCCAGUAGUGGUCUUAUGGGUUUUAUCAUGUCGUGUGCUAUGUUUGAACCUUUGAUGUUAUACUUUUAAUUCCUGAGUGUAAUCCUAAUUAAAGAUGGAGAACUAAAAACUGAUUAUGUGGUUUUGUAGUGAGCUGCCUUUGUGAUACUUAGGUAGCAUUUCUUUCUCUUGUGAUUAGUUUUAAAGCUGGCUUCUGUUGACAGCUUUUGAGUUCACUUUUUAUAUUCAGCUUUAAAUUUAUGAACACAGAAAUUAAAAUAUUCUUCUUUCAAUAUCACCAAUUUUUGGGUUGGUCUGUUCCUGUGCCGUAUAUCAAUGGUGAUGCUGCUGUGUGGGUUCUUGGCAGGUGAGGAAGCAACAGGUGAAAAAUGUGACUUUAUACAGGAAUUCUGUUAUAAAAUUGUGGUUUAAUUCUUGAUGACGUUAAUGCUUUGAAUGACCAAACUUCCAAUUGAGCCGUCCUGUUUUUGUGGAGUUUGGUAUAACACUUUUGUUUAUUUCAUCACACUCAUCUUCAGUCCACGUUGUUGUUUCAGAAGUACUCCCACAAGCUGUAAUUCUAACCAGUAGUUUCAUCUGUCUUUGGCUCAUUACAUGUUUAUUUUCUCAAAUAUGUCCUUUAUUCACUUCUUUUGUGCUUCUUUCAAGGCUGCACUGUCGCUUUCUUGCCAGCUUUCAGACGUAGAUGAAAUAGUGAAUUGAAUACAUCACAGAAGCAGUUAUUGCAGACAGACGGAUGCACUAAGUGGAAUGGCCAUAGGCUGCCACACGUUCAGUUGGUGUUGUGGAACAGAGAAGACGAUUUCACAGAUACGUGCUUCUUUUCUUGUUUGUUUGUUUUUGUUUUUGUUUUUUUCCCCAGGAAGGAAAAGAAAACACCAAAACCUCUUUUGGAGGAUGAUGUUGAUUCUUGUAUUUCACUGCACUUUUGCUCUGUCUGUCCUCUGAACUGCCUGACUGCCACAGAUGGUAUUUCUCGUGUUUUACAAUAAGAAAAUAAAAUCAGUUGAGCAUGCCCUG